UAGGCCGACUGGAACGCCAAGGUGCGUGCCUGAUAGGUGUAAAUAUAACACAAACUCAAGGCAGGAAACCGCACUAAAACAAUUGCGCUUGAAGAGAAAAUCUUGUGACACUUGGGCAGCAUGUCACCAUUGCAAUCGCCGCCUCGGGGCAUUGCACUUGAAGACUGCAGAGGUGUGAAUAAUUUGAUCAAUAGGGAUGGUGCGGUGGAGGGGAAGACGUCGGCGGUGAUGGUUGACGUCGAAGCACAAAUUCAGGAUGAAAAUCACGCCAUCUUCAAGAAAGCUAAAUCUCGCGUCACAUUGAAGUUUGCGGAUGUUGUCUACAAAGUUACAAUCGGGCAAAGCAAAAAACUAUUGAACAAAAAUACAAAUUCCGAAGAGAAACUAGUGCUCAAGGGCAUCACAGGUGUGGUGCGGCCAGGCGAAAUGCUAGCCAUGCUCGGCCCAUCAGGCAGCGGCAAAACAACUCUGUUAACUGCCCUUGGAGGCCGACUAGUCAGCGGCCAUCUUGGCGGCGCCAUAACUUACAACGGCAAGCCAUUCUCCACCACCAUGAAACGCAAUACGGGCUUCGUCACACAAGACGACGUCCUAUAUCCUCACCUGACGGUGACUGAAACACUAGUAUACACAGCUCUCUUACGCUUGCCGAGAACUUUAACUAAAGAGCAAAAGGUACAAAAAGCUGAUGCUGUGAUCAAUGAGCUUGGAUUGUCCAAGUGCCGGGAUAGCAUUAUAGGGGGACCCUUUUUGAGGGGUGUCUCUGGAGGCGAGAGAAAAAGAGUCAGUAUAGGGCAAGAAAUGUUGAUGAAUCCGAGCCUGCUAUUUCUUGAUGAGCCCACGUCCGGGCUCGACUCGACCACUGCUCAGAGGAUUGUGCACACAUUACGGGAGUUGGCUGAAGGGGGCAGAACUGUCCUGAUGACCAUUCACCAGCCUUCGAGCAGGCUGUUUUACAUGUUUCAUAAGGUUCUGUUGUUGUCUGACGGGAACCCUUUGUACUUCGGAAAAUGCUCCAGUGCCAUGGAUUAUUUCUCUAACAUCGGGUUUUCUCCAUCGGUCCCCAUGAAUCCUGCAGAUUUCUUGUUAGACCUUGCCAACGGAGUAUCAAUGGACGGUUUUCAAGAAUUAGAUCAAACGGGCAUCAAGCAGACUUUGGUGUCAGCUUACAAGACCAAUUUGUCAGAGAGUGUGAAGUCUGACCUUGCUGAUGAUAAUGAAUACAAUGAGUGGUCACUGGAUGAUCAAAAACAGUUGAAGAGGUGGUCCAACACUUGGUGGGGACAGUUCUCGGUUUUAUUCAUAAGAGGAUUAAAAGAAAGAAAGCAUGAAACUUUCAAUGUAAUGAAGGUUCUCCAGGUUCUAUCUGUUGGUAUAAUGUCUGGGCUGUUAUGGUGGCAUUCGGACAUGAGUCAUCUACAAGACCAGGUGGGGUUUUUCAACUUCUCCGCUGGAUUCUGGAGCUACUUCCCAGCGUUCGAGGCUAUUUUCACAAUACCUCAAGAACGCAUGAUGCUUGAGAAGGAAAGAUCUUCAGGCAUGUACCGCUUGUCCUCAUUCUUCAUGGCAUUAACCCUCGGCGACCUCCCCAUGCAACUCGUCCUUCCCACCAUUUAUUACACCCUAACCUACUGGAUGGCGGGUCUGAAACCCAAACCCGGAUAUUUCUUGGCGGGUUUCUUCAUUACCCUAUACAACGUUGUGUGCUCUCAAGGCCUCGGUCUUGCUAUUGGGGCCGUCGUCAUGGACAUGAAAGCCGCCACCGUACUUGGAGCCAUCAUCAGUUUGGUCUUCCAGCUCGCAGGUGGAUAUUUUGUCCAGAACAUACCCACAUUCAUGAAAUGGCUCAAGUAUUUAUCCCUUAUUCGGCACACGUUCAAGCUCUUGUUAGGGUCACAAUACAGGCCUGGAGAGACGUAUCCUUGUGCUGAUAAUAAGACUUGCCUGGUUGAGGAUUUCCCACCGAUAAAGGCCAUCGGCGGGCAAGCCGCUUCAAUAAUUGCCAUGGCGAUAAUGUUUGUGGGAUAUAGAUUGAUUGCAUAUCUUGCGCUCAUGAGAAUUGGUGCGACGAGGAAAUUAAAUUGAGUUUUGCAUAAGAGUAGGCAUGAGAGAAUUGUGACAGAAGUGUUACAUAUAUGUUAGUACGUUGCUGCAGGGGGGUUUCUAACGCAGCUGAACAAAUCCAGCCACAGGGCUGACUACCCCCUUCCCACUAGUCCAGAUAUGUCUAAAACUUCUCACUUUGACAGUGAUUUGAAUAAAACUCAAUAAUCUUAGUGCC